AACAGUGCAGCUAGGCGUAGUAUUUACCUACGGCAAUCUAAAAAUAGACGGUAAUUUACUACAGUAGGACAGUUUACAGAGCACAUGUAUGUAAUUAUCUACGAAAAGGAAUACUGAAAUACUAUCGGAAAUAUGUAAAUAUACACUCAACACGUGGGUAUAGGAAAUAUUGCAAAACUUGACAAAGUUUUUAAAACUUUUUAAUGCAGUUCGAAGUGAUUAUGUAUUCUCUUCAAUGACAUGUGACCUACAUUUUACGUGUUGAAAUACUGGUUUAAACUACGACAGGAUGUGUGUAUAUGCGUUUACGAAUAGGAUUUAAUUAAGGCAAUAAACGACAUAUUGUUAGAACGAUUUAAUCUGACUCUAUUGUGGCGCUUAAAAAAGCUGUUACAGGUAAAAUAUAUUGAGCACGCUAUAUAUUGUACAAAUAUUAACUAGAUCUUUCAACGAACUGAUUUAUAAUAAUUUGUGAUCUAAAUUUCCGCGCAGUGUUAUAGACACUCGAUUAAAAUGGAAUCUCAAAUACUUUAUGAAUCUCUUACUAAACCGAGAAAUGACCUUGAUAAAAAUAUGAAUAAAACUUUGGAAACUACCGAAUCUACGGUAACUUUGGAAGAAAAUCACGUGACACCCGUCAAUAAUACCAGUGCGAGAGGGCAAUGCACACAAAAUGGCGAGACAGGAGUAAGUCAAUUUAAAUCAAAACUCCAGGAACAAUUAGAAACUCCUUUGCUGAAAUCGUUUACAAGUUCAAUUACAGCUAAUCUCAGUUAUCAAGAUGUUCCGCCACAAUUUGGUGUCACAAGCAGUGCAAUUGAAUCAGCCCUGCUUAAAAAAUCAGAAACAACCGGAAGUAAUCAAACUGAGACAGAGUCGUCUGCAUUUUUACCACAAGUUCAAACUUCAGAUCUUGUAUCGACGAGUGAUAUAAAAUCUGAAUCUUCAAGUCUGCAUUCCCCAGGUGCAUCUUCGAACAGAAGUUUUACAACUUCUCCUCAACCGUCACCGGCAAGCACCGUCACAUCACCUCAGGAAGUGACGUCAUCAAGAUCUCUGUCAAACAGUUUCAAAAUGAGAGAAAAGAGACGUAGAAGAGGGUCUGCUUGGACAGACGACGAAACUGAAUAUUUGAUGGAAGUCUGGGCAAAGCAGGCAGAAUUAAAUAAGCAAAAGGGAGGGGAAGAAUCAGUCACGUGCGCUCCUGUUUACCGGCUGAUUUCAAGGUCAAUGGCGGAACUAGGCUGGGAGAAAACGUGGGAACAGUGUAAAACUAGAAUACAUACAUUGAAGAGAGCUUAUAAGAUAACAAAAGAUGAGAUCGCAGAAGGCUGUCAGACAAUAACAUACUGCAGGCACUUUGAUAAACUUGAGAUUAUCUGUUGUGAUAAUCCGCAAAUCAGCCCAGGGAUGCUUGCUGCUAAUUUGGAGCAGACGCGAAAGCAGAGGGGGACUCAGUUUAAAGGCAAGAAGCAGCCAGUAAGACGGAAACUUACCGUUGGUCAAAAUCCAAAUUUAGUGAAAAAGGCAAAUACCUUUAAUAGUCUUCCAAGCAUAAGUAGCAUUUCUCAGUUCAAUGGACAAAGUUCAUCACUUUCACAGGAAGUUCCUGUAAGCGCAACUGUUUCAACUAGUUCCAGUACGGUUUGGUACCCACCGUUGCCAUCGCAACAGCAGCAACAACAACUUCAGCAGCAACACUCACAGACACCUGCAAAUUUUAAUCAGAGUAACCAGUUCACCCAGCAGCCAUUGCAAGCUUCCGGUUUACAAACAGCGUCUCCGUAUCCGUACAACAUGACACCAUCUGCAAAUAUAAACAGUUUUCAGCCCUUGUCUUAUACAAAUGUUGCCGAGGUCAAUAAUAAUGACAUUGUUGUUAAAAAUGAGAAAACAGAUGCAGUUGUCACCGAUGAUAAUGCUGCUAAACAUUAUGAACAACAGAAUAAACAGUGGUCCGUGCCUUUCUCAAAGCCCCCAGCAGUGCAGACGACUUCCUCCUCAAAAGCACCCAGCACCGGAAAUGAUCUUGAAAGAAUGAGAUUGGAUUUAGAAUUGAGAAAACUUGAGGUGGAACGGAACAAAAUUGAGAUGGAGGAACGACAGCGCCGAGAAGAUAGAGAUCAUCAGUACAGAAUGAUGCAACUGCUGCUGUUCGGCCUGGGUCAGCAAAACAUACCGCAACUUUUGUCUGGCCAGGGACCGGAUGUUACGCAUGCGCAUAGCACAGAUUUGUCACGUGCUCUUGAAAGUGGUCUGGUUCCUGGAUCACAGAAAGCGAAUGAGAAGGGGCUUUCUUUUAGCGAACUAUGAUAAAAUUAUGCAAUGCAUUUUUGCCUUAUUGUUAACGAUAAUUACAAGCUUGGGUUUGUUUGUCAAAUGUAGUACUAUUUUUUAUUGUUACUAAUUUACAAAGGUUUUUUGUUUACUUUGUAUGGCUAUUAUCUCUUGUCUUAGACUUCAUGGUCGUUUGUUUUAAUAGUUGAUACCAGUCUUUUGAGCUCUGUUUUAUUUUAAAAACCUGCUUUUGACAUGGAUUUAAUGUUUUUGUAUGGGCCAAAUUGUGAACAUGUAUGCUUCAUGGGUAUAAUGAGGUCGUUUAAAAACAUUUUGUACAUGAGUUUAAACUGAAAAUUUUACACACAAAAAAUCUUUUUCUGUGUUCCAGUUAGUUUUAGUUCCCUUUCAUUUGAACAGGAAAUUAUUAGUUCACAAUUAUGUUCCUGCUUAAACAUGGAAUUCAAACUGGUAUACAGACGUUUUACUGACUUAGAAGAUCGAAUCGUUUAUUUCAUAUUUACAUAGAUAUUUCUUAAGUACAUGUGUACACUUUAAAAUGAAAAUUUUGUACUUAAGUCAAGAAUGGCUAAUUUCAUCGUUUUAUGAUUUAAGCGGAAGUGUAGGGUAUAAACGAAACCUUUUGAGGCUGUCUUGUAUAAAACAGUCGAUUUUUAGAAAGAAGUUGAUUAGUUUUAAACAUGUACAAUUAGAUUGAUCCAGGCGUUUAAGCAGGUACAUGUAAUGCAAAGUGAAAAUAGAAGUCAAUCAGGUCAUUGUAAACAUUAUGCUGUCGUCUGCAGCGGGUAUGAAGUCGACUUUUGCCGCCAUAUUUCGAAACCCUUACGGAAUGUGACGGGGAUUGUCGAGUUUUCACGGAUGUAUAACAAUGACCUUUAAUAUUCUUUUUAAGCAUGUUAAGGGAUUUAAAGUUGUUCCGUUUAAAGUUUCGUUGUUAAAUGUUGAUUUUUUUGUCUUUCAGUAAAUUUCAUCAUACAUUCAAAAUGAAAGAAUAAUGCUCAUAUUGUAUAUAGAAUAUAAAUGUAUAUAUUAGACGUGUGGGUACAUUGUUUUAGUUGUAUUUGAGUUUUCUUUGUAAUAUUUUUUUUACAGAUAUUUUAUACGUUUUGUAUUUGACAUUUGUAUUUUACAUGUACAUUUUAGCUUUUUAUUGAGGCUUAUAGUCACGCAUAAUCUCAUUGUUUACAGAAUCUAUAUA